AUGGCGUCGCUGGGCAGAAUCGACUCGCUACGGCAUGUUCUGUCUAAAGGUAGAAGGGAGAAUAUUGCACUAUUACACAAAUUUGUUUUUCAAUUUGGAGGCGAUAGAAAUAGCAGGCAACGGCUCAGGGAUUUUGUAGGCUUUGACUUUAGCCAAGAUGACGAGGGUUUUAAGUCAUUGCAGGAGUACGUUACUGCAAAUUUCGAAAGCAGCGAAUUAGUUACAAUAUGCAACAUGUUGGGAAUUGACUACAAGGCUGAUGACUUGUUCGUGCACAUAUUCAACAAUUUAAGUAAAGGCGGUUUACUAUGUUCCGUUAAUGCAGUUGACGACACUGACGACGAAAGCGAUGAUGAUUUUGAUGAUAAUGAAGACGAUCAUCGAAAUGACGCUGUCGUUCAACGCAACGAAGAGAGAGAUGAAGCAAAUAGUGGAACAAGCGACAAUGACCAAUACAAUGAAGCCGAAGGCGAAUUAGAGAGUGAAAUUCGAUGCGACAAGCAAUACGGCAAAAGCGACGACGGAGUAAACAGAGAAACAGGUAAAGUGAAACGAAGAAGUAUGACAUCACAAAACAAAACUAUUAAAAGCAACAACGAGUUACGACAAAGACAACAGCGUAAACAAAAUUCAGUAAAGAAUUUUACAGUAGCGGCCGAAAAUAUAGUUACACCAAAAUUUGUGUUAAAUUUUCGUGAUGUUGAGGAUUCAAUAAGACCAUUUAGUGGAGAUGAUUUGUUAUCAAUUGAUGUUUGGCUAAAUGAAUUUGAAGAUAUUUCCGUAAUGAUGCAAUGGGAUGAUUUACAAAAGUUUAUCUUUGCAAAAAAGUCAAUAAAAGGAUUAGCGCGAACAUACCUAAUGAGUGAACGAGGUAUAAAUAAUUGGUUUAAGCUAAAAAACGCUCUGAUAAACGAAUUCAAAGAAUCGACAAAUAGUGCUGAACUACAUAAACUAAUGUGCAGUAGAAAAAUUAAGAAAAAUGAGAGUUGUCAAGAAUAUUUUCUCAAUAUGAAAGAGCUAGCGUCACGUGGUAAUAUAGAAGAAGAAGCUCUAAUGCAAUAUGUGAUUGAAGGCAUUAAUGACUUAAAUAUAAAUAAAAUUAUUUUAUAUGGCGCGAAAAACCUACGAGAGUUUAAAGAAAAACUAAAAUGCUAUGAAUCGAUAAGUGGAAAAGAUCGUGCGGUUAACCUGAAAGUUAAUAAAAAACCUGCCGAACAACAAGGAAAAGAAGCCAAAAAUAUUUUAUGUUAUAAUUGUGGCAUGAAAGGCCAUGUGUCCUCAAAUUGCAGUAAUAAAAGCAAAGGUAUGAAAUGUUUCAAAUGCAGUGAUUAUGGUCAUAUCGCUAAGCAUUGCACAAUUAAACAAAACGAAAAUGCACCAAAUGCAAAUACACGAGUUUUGUCUAUUAAAGAUGAUAGCAUGGUGAAAGAAAUUAAAAUAAACAAUUUAAAGUGUCGAGCUUUAUUUGACACAGGUAGUAAGUGUCAUAUAAUAACGAAACGGAUGCAUAUACGUUUAAAAGAACCAAAACACCGCGAAUCAAAAAAUAUCCUUGGUUGGAUUUGGAAAAAGGACAAGUAA